CCGCCGUGCUCCUGUCCGCCGCCGACACUGCUGUGCAUCAACGGCCACUUCUGCAGGAGGAGGCGCUACUUCACGUUCCUGGCGGGGAUCACCUUCGUGGUGGCAGGUCUCUUCAUGAUGCUCGGGAUCGUCAUCUACAUCGCCACCCUUAAGGGCGAAGCCGAGAAACUCCGCCCGAAAUCGACCUUCCAGGAGCCCCUCUUCGUCUACGCCUACGGCUGGAGUUUCUUGCUCAUCGUCGCCGGUUUUAUCUCGACGGAGGUGGCGGGGAUCACGGCCAUCUUCCUCUACAUCUAUUGGCAUAAGCUUCAUCGUUCAAUCAUUUCGAAAUAA